AUAAAGAAAAAAAAAUCCACCCUAGGUGGAAUAAAGUUGUAAGAAUGGCAUACUCAGGAAAUAUGCCAUUACAGCCCCCCCUUACUCUCUCUCCGAAGAGGUGGCAAUAUACAGCAGAAGAAGAAGAAGAAGAAGAAGAAGAAGAUCAAUGAAAGGAGUGGCUUUUCUUCAUCUUUUCAAUCUCUGGUAAUUCAACAGAAAACUGCACAUGGAUAAUGUUUUAGGGCAAGAUUUGAUUAGUGAUCUGCCUCAAAGUAUUAUAGAAACCAUCCUAACAAAGCUUCCGAUAAGGGAUGCAGUAAGAACAUGCAGUUUAUCAAGUAAAUGGAGGUAUAAAUGGGCUAAUCUUACUCAACUUGUAUUUGAUGACAAUUGUGCAACGCUUUGUAAUGACAAAGGAGCUGUUGAGGACAGCCUUGCAAAGUUCAUUACUCGGUUUCUCUUUCUUCAUGAUGGACCAAUUCACAAGUUCAGUUUGUCUAGUGCAUACUUGCAAAGCUCACCCGAUAUAGAUCAAUGGCUGCUUUUUCUAUCAAGGAAUGGUAUUAAAGAAUUGGUUCUUGAAUUAGGAGAAGGCGAGUGGUUUAGGGCUCCUUCUUGUCUUUUCUUCUGUCGAAAAUUGACUCGUUUGGAGCUAAUUCGCUGUGAAUUGGACCCUCCUCCGACUUUUAAAGGAUUCUUAUGUUUGAAAUACCUCAAUCUUCAACAAGUUUUAAUUGCCCCCGAUGUUGUUGAGAGUCUCAUAUCAAGUUGCCCUUUUCUUGAAAGUCUGACGUUAUCGUACUUUGAUAGUUUAGCUCUUACUAUCUGUGCUCCGAAUCUCAAAUACUUGUGUCUGGAAGGCGAAUUUAAAGACAUAUGUCUCAAAUAUACCCCACUUUUGCUUGCUAUAUCUGUUGCUAUGUAUAUGACUGAUGACAUUGCCGAGCAUUUUGAACAAAGUUCAAGUUGCAACUUUGAUAAGUUUCUUGGCAGUGUACCAUGCCUUGAGAGACUUAUUGGACAUAUUUACUUCACCAAGUAUUUGAGUAUAGGUAACGACCUAGGAAAACUUCCAGUUGCAUAUAACCAUUUAAAAGUUGUUGAAUUGUAUCAAGUGAGUUUUGAGGACAUGAAAGAGAUACUGGUGGUUCUUCGUUUGAUUGUGAAUUCCCCUUGUUUACGAGAACUUCAAAUCUCGGGUUCUUCAAAUAUGUCAACUGCAACAGAAGCUCCUGAUUUGGAUUUUUGGGAGAAAGAAUGCCCGUCUGAUUGCACAUUCAGUCUGCUUGAAACUGUGAAGAUGACAGAUAUGUCUGCUGUGCCACAUGAGAUGGAAUUCAUCAAAUUUUUACUUAGAAACUCACCAAUGCUUGAGACAAUGAGCAUUACGCCUAGUGUAUAUGUUACAGAUGGAAGAUUGAAUAUGUUGAUUGAGUUGGUGAGGUUUCGAAGGGCUUCUGCACAAGCUGAAAUCAUCUUCAUCCAAGAUUGAUAUGUAAAAACUGUUUUUCUUACAUAAAGUCUCUUUGUUUUGUGUUUGUUUUCCUUCUUUUGACAGAUCAUUGGGCUUCCAUUUGUAUUUAUCUUGGCCAGGUUGUUGCAAAUGAUGAAAUAAUAUUAAAAAUAAUCUUUACAAUCCAUGCAAAGUCCCACAAAAAA